AUGAAUAGUAAUUCAUCGGUGGACUCUAAUAAAGCGCCACCAGAAAUCGGUGAUUUUGAAAUAAUAAAGCCUAUAAGUCGAGGAGCAUUCGGAAAAGUAUUUUUAGGCUUUAAAAAAACUAAUCCAGAACAAAUGUAUGCAAUUAAAGUAAUGAAAAAAUCGGAAAUGAUAAAUAAAAAUAUGGUGGGGCAAGUUAAUAAUGAAAGAAAUGCAUUAGCAUUAUCGAGAAGUCCAUUUUGUGUUCAUUUAUUUUAUUCACUUCAGUCUACUCAUUCAGUUUACUUAGUUUUAGAAUAUAUGGUUGGUGGUGAUUUAAAGUCUCUUUUAAGUGUUUAUGGUUAUUUCGAUGAAGAAAUGGCAGUUUUUUACAUUUCUGAAGUUGUUUUGGCUUUAAAAUAUCUUCAUAAUCAUGGAAUUAUUCACAGAGAUUUGAAGCCUGACAAUAUGUUACUCUCUGCUACUGGUCAUGUAAAAUUAACAGAUUUUGGUUUGAGUAGAAUUAGAAUGCAAAGAGACUUGGAAAUUUCUGAUUUAAUUAAUUGUACACCCAGUGUCGAGUACUGUACAAGAACUCCUGGUCAACUUUUAUCUUUAACUUCUCAUUUGUCUUUUGGUUCAUUUCAUAGUACUUCACCAGAAUGUAGCUCCACAUCUACUUAUAGCACAUCAAUGGGCUCAGCUUCCAAGGAUUUGUCAAUUCUUUUAAAAAACAAUAUUGGUAACAUUUCAAAAUCUAGAUUAGGGUUCAACUCAUCAGUAAAAGAUAAAAGUAAUGGAUUAAUAAAAGAGCAGCCAAGCCUUUGUCAAAAAUUUAAAAUAUCAGCUUGGACUAAUGAUCUCAAUAGUAGUCAUUUAUCAGGGAUUGUACCUAUUCAAACUGCCGAGUGUAGUUUCGACAGAGGCAUUGAAGAAAGUUAUACUUCAGAAUCUUAUCAUACGUGUGAGAGCAACACAGAAAGAUCCCAAGAUACAGAUGCUGAAAAUGUGUGUAAAUCAGGAUGUAAAAGUAAAAAUCUCUCGAUAACAUCUCCUGUUAGCAGUUGCAAUUUAAAAAAAAAGCCAAGCCUAAUACGAUCACUAAAAAGAAAAAGAAGUAGUUUAAUUGAUGUUCCAAUGCGUAAUUUUAUGGAAGAUGUUGAAAAUCACAACAAACAAAAGAGAUACGACAAUGAUAAAAAUGGACAUACGGGAUUAACUCAAGAAAUAAAUUUUUUAGAUUUAAAUUCUCCAAAAAUGAUAUCAUCUGAAAAAAGCAUAGAUGCAAUAAGUCCAUUAAAAGAAGUUUUUAAAACGAGAUCUCAAUCGUUUGAAGAUAUCGCUCAAGGAGUUUUAUUUUCAACACCCGUAUCUUCAGGAAGGUCAAAAAAAGAAGAAUUUUCUAAAUUUAAAUCUACCAGAUUUCAAUUUCCAGAAAAAACCGAAACUAAAUGUAAUUUUAAAUUAACAAUGAAUGAAUCUCCGGUUAGUCCUAUUUCAACACCUUCGACGAAUAAACUUUCCGUUUACAAAACACCUAAAUCGGUACGAAGAGGAAAAAUAGCCAGCGAUCAACGUAUUAUGGGUACUCCUGAUUAUUUAGCUCCGGAAUUACUACAAAAAAAAGAACAUGGUUCGGCUGUUGAUUGGUGGGCAUUGGGUGUAUGUUUAUUUGAAUUUAUGACCGGAAUUCCACCAUUUAAUGAUGAAACCGUUCAAGCUGUAUUUAAUAACAUACUUAAUAGAGAUAUACCGUGGCCAAUAGGAGAAGAAGAACUUUCAAAAGAAGCUCACGAUGCCAUCGAUUCAUUGUUAACGAUUGAUCCAACCCUACGACCAACCGGAUCCACCGUAACGGAAAUGAAAAUUUUUUCUAAUAUUCAUUGGGAAAAAUUAUUAGAAGCAAAAGCACCUUUUAUACCACAGCCAGAUGGUGAAACAGACACAGCAUAUUUUCAAGCGCGAAAUAUAUUACAAAAUCUUAAUGUAUCCAAUUGUGAAAUGUAA